GUGUGUGCCUGUGCUAAUCUUUAAAUUGAAAGAAAUCUCAGUGGCAGCUUCUGAAGCAGAGAAGCUAUAUGGAAUAUAUUUCGCGACCGGCGCUUUUAGUUUGCAGGCGACAUGCGGCGUGAAGAGAACUCAAUAAGAAAUAAAUAAAUAUUAUCAAAAAGCUUGUUGCAAUAAAUGAAAUGUAUCAAUAUUGUUGUCGCUUCCGCUCACUCUCGCACUCGCACUCGCGCUCUCUUUCGAUCCGUUCAGUUUGGUUUUUUGUUGUAUGGUAAAUGGACGUCGUGAAACGUGCAACAGUCGAUACAAAAAUAAAUUGCAGCCAACAAAAAGCCACUGCAUACGCAAACACAAAUACAAACACAGUGACAAAUACAAAUACAAAUGCAAAUGCAAAUAGUAUUACAAAUACAAUUGCAAAUAAAGUGCUUAAAGCGCGAUAAGGCAACACUUAAUUACACACACACACACACACACACACGCACUCAACAACAACACACCUAUACACACCCACAUACUCCACACAAGGGCACCGCAAAUAUAACGCCGAUAAGCACCGCUGCUUAUCAGCUUUGAUAUUGUUCAAGCUUGCGGCGCUCGCCUCUGCUCACGCUCCCGCUCGCUCUCUCGGACUCUCUUCCUCACUCGUGCGCGUCACUCUCACGCGUAACUGUGCUGCUGGCAACAAAAGCAUACGCACAGUUUAAGCACAGCUGUUGCCGUCGUGCAAGUGUCCCGAACGAAGAAGAAGCAUCUGACCGCAGCUGCAGCAGCAGCAGCAGCAACAACAACAACGCACUCAGGGCGCAGCUUAACACUCUGCCAUUGUCGAUUAUGCAAAGCAACAACAACUGUCGUUUAUAAAUGAAUUCGUGUUUAUCCUAGUGCACAUGAAAAGCAAUUAAAACAAGUGCUCUAAAACAAUAACAACUAUAUACAUAAAUACAUAGAAAAGCAAACGUAUCGCGUCUCUGCUUACAAAAUCAACGCUAAACUGGGACUACAACAACAAGAACAAUCUUACAACACUAUCAACUUCAGCACUAUACAACACAGAGAGAAACACAAUGGCUAGAGAUAGGCUGCCAGAGCUUUUGCAGAGCUCGCUCAGCGCCAACUCAACGUCUUCGUCCUCGAACGGUUCAUUGUUGCUCAACGUUUACAACGCGACCACCGAAACGCUCGGCAACAACAACAACAACAACAACAACAGCAACAAUAGCAACAACAGCAACAACGGCAACAGCGACAACAACAAGGAUCGCAGCAAAAUGUCGCAACAGGGUACCAAUGUGGAUGCUAUACUGAAUCCGUAUUCGGAAAUACGACAUCAGCUCUCGCAAAUCGCUAACAAUCUGGAGGCUAUGGACCGUAUGUCCCAGACAAUCCAUUUGCGCACCUUUAGUGAGAACGAAAUGGAUGAGCUGCACAACAGGAACCUGCGCCUGGGCAAUCAGCUAAUGAACCGCUUCAGGGAGUUCAAAGCGAAUCUGCCGCCAGAGACUGACUACAGCCUGGAGGCCCGCAUGAAACGUACCCUAUUCUAUGGCCUUUACCAGACCUAUAUCAAUCUGUGGCAGAAAAACGAACUAUUCUUGCAGAACUACGAGACGAAGGUGAAGAAGAACCUGCGCAUGCAUUCCAAGAUCAUCAAUGCGGAGGCCAGUGAACAAGAGAUCGAAUUGCUGAUCGAAAACAAAACAACAAAACUCUUUGUAGACAAUAUACUGCAAGAGACAGAUAAGGAACGGCAGACGCUGCGCGAUCUCAUGGAUCGUUUCAAUGAGCUUCGAAAAUUGGAGAAAUCCAUUGAGGAUGUUCAUGCACUUUUUAUGCGUAUUCAGACACUCGUCAUGGAGCAGAGCGAAACGAUACAGCGGGUGGAGUUCCAUGCAAAUCAGGCCACCCUGUACACCGAGAAGGGCGGCAAUGAGCUCGACAAGGCCAAGGAGUACCGGGAGAAAGCGCGCAAGAAAAAAAUAAUGCUCAUUGCUAUACUCGUUGCAGUUGUGUUAGUUUUAAUAAUCAUCGGUAUUUAUUUGUGAUGCACAUAAGCGCAAAACUAUUUUUUGUUUUCUUUUUUUUUUUAAUUG